GAACUACCGAAGGAACUCAAAAAUCAAGAUCAACAUCUGAACUCACUGCUAUUCCAAAUUGCAAUUUAACGAUCGAUCGCCAACAACGUAUCCAUCGUCUUCGACGACGAAUCUCGUCGAGAACUCUCUAUUGCUGGCGUCGUUACUUUCCCAAACUCUAGAAUGCAUUCUUAUUGAAAUUUGUGCAUACACGAUGUUUCAGAGUUUUUCACUUGGAGUCGUGGAGUAAUGAGUAUUUGGUAUUUGUGACUGACGAGUAGAAAAGGCAAUAAUGGAAGAUCAACGUUCUUUCAAUAGCCCUAGAAGGACUCUUAGUUAUUCUAGAAACAGGGGAACAACUUUCUCUGUUUUUGAAGCAGACAACAAAAGGGCUUCAGGUGUUGGUGUUUCAGGAGACCAUGGUCCUAACCCUUCUGAAGUUUAUGGGUUUGUAGGAGCCAUUUCAACUGUUGUUGCCACAGUUAUUUUCAUGGUAUGGGCAUAUGUUCCUGAUCCUUGGUUACAUUCCAUUGGUAUCUUCUACUAUCCUAGCAAGUACUGGGCAUUGGCACUUCCUGCUUAUGCCAUGGUGAUCAUUGCAACAAUCUUCAUAUUCUACAUCGGCCUCAACUUUAUGGCAACUCCACCUCCAUCAUCAUUCAACUCAAUAUUCGAUGAAAACAGCAGAGAACCAGUGUGUUGUGAUCCUGUGUUGGAGGAAGAUGAUCGACCCAUUGAGCCUUACUCUGAUAUUGGAAUUGAUCAGAUCAAUGAACUCAUGUUCAAAGACUGGAGAUAAUAGUUACCAAAAAGAUAAGAUGAUUGAUUGUUCUCAAAUGUAUGCAAUUAUAAUUCUUGAAUUUCUAGUAGUAUUUGUAUUUGAAGGCUCGCAGAUGGUAAUUUUCAUCAUACAUGUCAUUGAUUGCCCAUAUUUUUACACUUUA